AUGAAACCUAAUUCUGAAAUUCUUUUAUGUUAGAUGUAUUAGCUUGGACCAGAUAAAUGGAAUUAUGUAGAUAUUGGAUAUACGCAUAUAAAUUCGAAGGUAAUGAGUAUAGAGAUGAGAUUAAUAGAACGAAUUGAUAUUGUUGUAAAAGGACACAAGUCAGGAAGUGAUUGUGGUCCCAAUAAAGCAAGAGAAUAAGUUUUGUUUUGAUGAAGGUAUGGCUGAAUUUAAAUUGUAUUUAGAGGAAGCAAUCUAAUUUAGUUUUAAUGAGGAAUAUGCCUUAAGUUUUCAGAGUAGAGAAGGAGCAAUGGGAGUUUGGGCUCGUAUCCAAAAUAUUUUGGUGGAGAAUGAGGCUGAAGAUUAGGAUUCUAUAUCAUUGACACCUGUUUCUGAAACAAAUUUGGAGACCAUAUUGGAAACUAUGAAUACAAUGAUAGCAUAUGGUUCUCAUUCUAAGUAGAUGUUGUCGAAUUAUCUAAUCAAUAAGAAGGUAAGAGUAUAAUGAGUUUGAUAAGGACUACUUUGAGAAGUUGAUUAAGUUAUUCCAACAAUUGGAGAAGGACAAUAAUGUCAAAUUAUUACAAAGGAUGUGUUAGAUUGUUAAGAAUGUAUAGAUAUAUAUUGAUUGUGAUUAGAUAGUAACGGUGGCAGAACAUGAAUUGUUUCAAGUGAUUUUGAACGAUUAGAAUUAUUUAUUUAUUUUCGGUGCAUUAGAAUGUAUGUUAUUGAGUUUUAAGUGUUAUUAGAUGAUAUUGAGAUGAACAAGAAGAAUUUCGUGCCCCAUCGUUAGUAUUUAGAGAAACAUGCGUAAUUCUUGCAAGUAGUCCAAAUAAAGAGUAAAGAGCGACUUAAAACCAUUCAUUUCAUAUAUCGGCUGCAGUACUUGCGCGAUUGUGGUUUGGCCUACUACAUCGACGAGUGCCAGUUGAUGUUCAUAAAGAUAGUUUUAACGUAAUCAAAAUCAUGAUAGAUUAUAAAGAGUUGUUAUGUUGACCUCUUUAAGUACAUAGAAAAUUCGAAGGAUUUUUUGAUAGAAGUCAUGGACCAAUUAAGAAAUUUCAAUUUCUUGGCUUUGCGAUUCCUAAGUGAGAUUUGUUCAGUCUUUAAAGAAUUUCCAGAUGUAUAACAUUGAUUCAUCUAUUAAUAGUUGAAUAAAGUGGUCAUAUAUUAGAAACUUAGUGAAUAUGGAUUGUAUGAGAUAAUAGAAGAUUACAUCAACGAUUCGCUUAAGGGAUUCGAGAAAUACAAAGCCAAAUUAAAGAAACUUAAGUUCAAAAUACCUGUAAUAACAUUCUUAAUAUCAUUAAAGGAGGAUGUGUUCACUAAAAUACCAAAUAUGAUAUUGGAAUUGUUAAUAGUGUGUUUAUAACAUUGUCCCACUAAUUUCAGAUAAUAUGUUAUCAGUGAACAUCAACAAGUACUGAAAUAUCCAUUGUUCAACAUCAUUGUGGAGAAUGCUUUCUAAAAUGAAUUGUAUAUGGAAGCAUUGAAAUUGCUCAUUGAUAAUAACUCAGAAGAAUAGAAUGAAACUAUGGAUUUAUUUUUACUGCAAUUCUAUCCAAAAAUCGCAUCUCAAAUUUCACAUCUCUCCACCAGAGAAUACAAAUAACAAUUCUUAGAGAUCACAUUAGGGUUGGUGAGAGCCAUGAAACCAUAAGUGAAGGAGGCUGUGAUAUUAAACUAAGUGACAUUGAAAAUUGGGUUUAUUUUAUAGGAAAACUAAAAGUUAUAGUAGACUAAGUGUUUACAAAUAAUAAAGAUGAUUUGUUUGUCAAGAGAUGAGGAUAUAAAUAAUGAGAUCGUCAUGAUAAUCCCCACUUUAAUAAGUGUCAUUUUAUCAUAUAAGGGAUUAAGGGAGAAUUUAAUAUUUUCUUAACAAUUAGAAAUAAUAAAAAUCAUCUAUGAAGGAAUAAGUUAAAAAUUAAUUUCAUCUCUAGUAAGAAUUCAUUAAUAACUAAUAGGAAGAUGAAUUGAGGAAAAGAGAAAAUGAAUCAAAUUAUCAAAGAAUUCAUGACAUUUUCAAGAAUCUAAAAAAUAAUUGCAUGAAAUAAUAAUUUAGUUCAUAAACUCAAUCAUCAAGUCAAAUGUAAUCUAGAUAUAAUGUGGUUGAUGACGAGAUGGAUUUAUUCAAAUCAGUUCAAGGACAUAGCAGCACUCAUCUUGUUAAAUAAUAAAAGAAGCCUGCCGAUUAAGAGGACGAUGUGGAAUUGAUAUCUAAGAAAGUAAAGAAAGAUUGAAUUAUAUUAAAAAGGAAG